UUUUCUUUAUAUUCAGGACCUCAAACAGUAAUUGUAUUAAAUGAUAUAGAUGUUGUUAAUGAAGCAUUGUUGAAGAAAGGGUCACACUAUUCCGAUCGAGUGCAAAUGUUUACUAGUAUGUUCAAGUUUGAUAUAAUAUUUGGUCAAUUCGGAUCAGGAUGGAAGUUAAGGAGAAAACUGGCCUCAAGAGCUAUAAGAUUGUUCAUGAGUACAGAUAAUUUCAACCACAAGCUAGAAGAAGCCGUUACUAAAACAAUAGAAGCUAUGUUAAAAGAAAAAGGAGCCUUCAAUCCCAAACCUUAUUUAUUUUACGCAACUUUAAAUAUCAUAGCAGCUAUGUGUUUUGGGAAAAGCUAUGAUUUUGACGACCCUGAAUAUUGGGAGCUUCUGAAUCUUUUAGAAAGGAAUGCCGAAGUUCAAAAUGAAAACCUAGUAUUAGAAAAUGUUUUUCCAUAUUUUGCCGGGAUUUAUAAAACUAAAAGAUGUCGUGAUGCAGAGGGAAUAAUGAACAGAUUUAUGUCUUACGUUGAACGUCAUGUCAAUGAACAUAGAGCAAAAUUCGUGCCAGGUGAGGUUCACGAUCUAACUGACAGUCUGUUACAAUCUGAAAUUGAACUAACUGAGGAAGGUAAAGAUGAUAUGGCGAACUUUAAACCAAUUCACGUGCAAUUAAUUGUUUUUGAUGUGUUUUUAGCUGGAAACGACACAUCAAGAUCAACACUACUGUGGAUGCUGAUGUUUAUUAUUGGUACUCCCGGAGUACAACAAAAAAUACAUCAAGAAAUCGACAAAGUCGUCGGUCAUGACAGAUAUCCAACUACUCAGGACCGUAGUAACCUCCCUUAUUUAGAUGCUGUGUUACAUGAAUCUAUGAGGUUGGGACCAGUUGUACCUCUAGGUGUUCCUCAUUCUACUUCUUGUGACACUACAAUAGGUAAAUAUGAUGUACCAAAGGGAACAUUUAUCUUUAUCAAUCAUUAUGCCCUUCAUUUGAAUCCUGACCAUUGGCCAGAAGUAAAUAAAUUCAAACCAGAAAGAUAUUUGGACGAUGAUGGAAAAAUGGCACCAAAGCCGGACUACUGGCUACCAUUCAGUGCUGGUAGACGAGUUUGUGUUGGAGAACCAAUGGCUAAGUCUGAGUUGCAUUUAGUUAUGGCAGGAUUGUUUCAA